AUGCCGCUUCGCAACCUAAAGCAAGACUGCCGUGAGCUUUCAAUGACCACCUACAUGACUGAGCAGAGGCCCAAACCCCCAUUAAUCACAACUCCCGUCCUUCCACCCAGUCCUCCACCUCUCCUCCCACUUGGAGCAAUCAAACUCCCUCUUGCCCAACUUCCGGUUAACAUCAUUAUGCGCCUCGCACAUCCACCGCCCGAAUUCCUCCCGGCUCUCCGUCCGUACCUUGUUCCGCGCCAUCCAGUCCUGGAAAUCCUCCGCGCACACCCAGCACGGGUACAGCUUCGCGAAGAGGCUCACGAACGUGCUGGCUUGGGUCUGCUCGGUGGGGGUGGGCUCCGUCGGGUAGGCGGCGGUGAUGGAGUGCAGCAGCGUCCAGGAGGAGCGGCCCAGUUGCUCGACGUCCGGCGGGCACUCUCUGGGGGCGAUGGUCGUCGGGGUUUUGGUGAAUUUUCUGGAUUGGGAUGUCAUGUACACGACUUUCAACCACAUUAUGCCCCCCGCCACUCAGCGACAAUGGGCACGAAUAGCAAUGAAGAUGGGAGCUCUACCCCGAUUUUAUUGUUGAAGACAAAAUCAACGCCUCAUGAUGGUUACGAGGAGAAAUUCUCCACCAAGAAAGAUGGGCUUUGUUUCUCACCUACCUUCGUGCCGGUCCUCAAGCCUCGAUUUUUGGAUAAGGGCAUUGAUAUUGUGAGAGAUCUGGUUCGGAAUAAGGAGAUUGGCAAGGAGGAAUGGAAGAAAUAUGGCGGCAUGAUAUUUACGUCCCAGCAUGCGGUGGAAGCGUUCGCAAGGCUUGUUGAGGAGGGCAAAGGCGAUGAGCAAUGGCCAUAUUUACAAGAUGUACCGAUAUACACUGUCGGGCCAGCAACUGCUCGAGCCCUACGAGCAAUCUCGCAGACUCCGGCUCUCAAUAUCUUUGGCGCAGAUAUGGGCAAUGGGGAGGCUUUGUCACACUACAUGCUCGAUCACUACGGUCGAUGGUAUCAAGACCGGAAGAACAAGCCGCCGCUGCUCUUCUUAGUAGGUGAACAAAGGCGUGACAUUAUACCCAAAACCCUGAUGGAUCCUACGCUGGCCGACGAACGCCGCAUACAAGUCGAUGAACUUGUGGUGUACGGGACAGGCGUUAUGGAGUUCUUCGAGGAAAACUUCACCAAAAUAUUACGAGAAACCCGGGAUCUGCCUCUGAGGUGGGUAGUUGUAUUUUCUCCCACGGGAUGCGAGGCUAUGCUCCGGGCACUGGGGAUCUUGGAUCCAAAAACAGGGAAGGCGAAAGCAGUUGGGCCGCCCAAGAUGAGAAGCACAUAUAUUGCUACCAUUGGACCCACGACGAGAGAUUUCUUGCGGCAUAGCUUUGGAUAUGAACCGGAUGUUUGCGCCGAGAAGCCUAGUCCGGAAGGGGUUGAGGCAGGGAUCAGAGCAUUUUCGGAAAAAGAUCAAUGA